ACAACAAAUCCCAUUAGUCGCGCUGGUAACGCUGACGUUAACUACCAAACAAUUAGCCACAGUAUUUGACAGUUUCCGAAAAUGGCUUUUGCCUCACAGAGCCACGGAGAUACAAACGGAACAUAUAUCUUCUCAAGUCGCCCCAGACCCGUCGUGACCCGGUCCAAAUACAGAGAGGCUCCGUCUGAACAGACUCCGCCGCAUUAUGGCAACAUCAUGUAUGAUCGCCGUGUUGUCAGGGGAAAUACCUACGCCCAACACAUCAUACCGACUACGACUCAGCCAGAUCCUGCUGAGAUACAGAGACAGCAGGCGAUCAGGAGGAGAAAUAUUGCUCGUCGGCGAGCCAGGGAGCAGCUCAGACCUAAGACUCCUGAAGCCCUGCAGGGAAGAAAACACAUUGAUGUACAAACAGAGCUCUACCUUGAAGAACUUAGUGAUGUUAUUGUAGCUACUGACAUCGAGUGUCAGACUGAUGAUUUCCUGGACAGACCGGCGACUCCUCUCUUCAUACCUGCCAAAUCUGGAAAAGAUGUGGAAACACAGAUCGAGGAGGGAGAGUUGUUUGACUUCGACAGGGAGGUUCAGCCAAUACUGGAGGUGCUGGUGGGUAAGACAAUUGAACAGUCUCUGCUGGAGGUGAUGGAGGAGGAGGAGCUGGCCUGUCUGAGGGCCCAGCAGAGGGCCUUCCAAGAGCUGCGAAAUAAUGAGCUGGCCGAGGUGCAGCGGCUCCAGGAGCAGGAGAGACGACAUACUGAGGAGAAAGAGCGUAGAAUUAAGCAGCAGAAAGAGGUCCUCAAGAAAGAGAAAGAGAUCGCGGAGAAGAUUGCUGCCCGGGCGUACACCCAGCAGUACUUGGCCAACCUUUUACCUGCAGUCUUUACCUCACUGAGGACCCACGGUUACUUUUACGACCCAGUGGAGAAAGAUAUCGAGACAAAUUUCUUCCCAUGGUUAAUGGAUGAGGUUAACAACAAUUUGGAGAAGAGAUUUGCAGCAAGAGAGCUUCUGGAUACUAUCAUCCAUGAAGUCACCCAGAAAACAGACACGGUCAGCUGAACAUGACACCUGAAGAGAUUCACUGAGAGAAUGAAUGUCUCAAAAAUAAACUGAAUAUGCCGCCAUGAGUUUCCUUUGAGAAUGUA